AAUCACAUAUUGAUUAAUAACUAUAAAACUUCAAACAGAUAGCACAAGUAUAAAGUAAUGUUGGUAUGACUUGAUGACAACCAUUGUUCUAACAAGUUAUCAAGUUAGGCAACAUUGUACACCGAUAUUAUAUUCUGUCUAGUUGUGCUGCAAAUUCCCUAAAUAUGUCUAAUAAACAAGAUACUAUAAGUAAACCAGAGAAGUCAUUACCUCCACCACCAAAGUGUACUCCUGGAUGGAAUGAUCCUCCUCCACUGGGUACAGCUAUGUUGACUCCAUCAAAGCCAAAGUUAACACAGAGGAAAUUUGUGUCUUCCAUAUUCAGUCCAACUGAUAGCUCAUUGCCUGUCAGUCCCAGUGAUCCUAAGUUGGAAGAGCUCAUGGCAAGCUUGCACAAGAUUUUGCUAAAUUCUGGAGAAGACAUGGAAAAGAUUAUUGCAGAUGUCCCUCGUCAGUGGAAACAGCCAUACUGUGAUGAAAACUUGAAGGAGAAGACUUUGCAGAUAUGCAGGCAUCUUUCUAACAAGAACUAUCAGGAUGCACAUGAUGUGAUAAACACAUUCAAUGGCACUCAACUAUGGUUCACACUGUUCUUUAGAAAUGUAAUUACUAAAAUUACUGAUAUUCAAUAAGACAUUUAUUUUAUGAGAUUGCUAUU